AUGUACCAUGGCACGGAAUCAGAUUUAUUACGAUGCUUCGACAAAUACAUAACAGUUGAGAGUAGACCAACCGAUGUUGAUGCUGUAUUGAUUGAUGGUGCUGCAUUAGUACAUAUACUACAACCCAAGGCUUGCUGUACUUUUCAGGAAUAUAUCUCUCUUAUUGUAAAGCCUUAUAUUCUAAGAAUUUUAGAUAUCUCUAAGAGGAUUGAUGUAAUCUGGGAUUUUCAUAUUGAUAAGAGCUUGAAGGCAAGUACAAGAGAAAAGAGGGGAGAAGGGAACAGGAAAUUGGUGAGAGAAAACACCAGCAUUCCACGAAAUUGGAAUGACUUCUUGAGAGACUCAGAAAAUAAGAAAUAA